GGUCAUGCUGCUGUCAUCAAACACGCAAGAGAGCUGCUCUCUUGAUGCGUGAGGCCUGACAACAAACAGACCCUUUGGCUUAGAGCGCUAUCUGAAGUAGAGAUGAGGAGCUCUAAUAAGGAUCAAACAUAUAACAUUGCCUUAAGGGACCCACAAGUUUCUGGCAUGGAAAUGCUGCUCCAUACCUAAAGAACUUAGCUGGUUCCUAUGAGAAGACAAGCGGCGAGACAAUGUCGGAUGGCAAGAUUUUAACAGCGGAGAUAAUCUUCAUCAAAGAAUCACUGGAGAGCGGAGAGGGAAUUGAAACAAAGAUAAAUAAGUCUCCACUGGCCCAAGUGAGCUGCUCCCAAGCCUCCACGUCACUGGGUGGCCAGUCUGAAAAUACACUCAAACACAGCGGCACUGCCUCCAUGGAGACAACUGCGAAUAAACACCAGAGCCUUUCCCAGCAGUGGGGUCACGAUUCCGCUGGACGUGUUGAGGUUAGCUCAGGUUACUCUUCCGAGAAGCCUCCUACGAUGAGUGCCACAUGCUCGGCGCACGUGUCCCCCACGCUGGCUUCAUCCAGAGAGUCCAUCCUGUCAGAAAGCUGGGACAGAGACAAGUGCUGGCCCGCCAUGCCGCUUUCCUCUGUUGGUUCUCCUACUUCCCUCAGCCGCACUGUUUCCCCCUGCUCGUCGGUGCGCUCUGGCGUCUUCUCCCCUGCUGUGGUUCAGAUCAGAAAGCAUGCUCUUGCCCCGGGCUCCAGUCUGUUUCACAUCGCUCAGUCCUGUUUCUCUUCCUGCGACAGUCUGGCUUCUUCAAUCUGUCCGCAGUCCCCUUCUUUUCGGCACCGGCCUCCCCUCACCAGACUCUCCCUCCUGACAGCCAUCUUGAGGAAAGGCCGUCUCCCUGUUCUGUCUGCUUCCCUCCGGAGGCCCUACACCCCCUGCUGGCCUGUUAACCCGGUGACCCUCACUUUCUGCAAAGCAUGUUCAGCGGCUUCCAGUGUGGCCUCCAUUCCCCUGGAGUUUUCAUCUCCGUUCUCAUCAUGUACAUCCUUAGAUAGUCAAACCUUUGCACACAGGGAGCCUAUUAGGUCUGUUCCAAGCCACCCAUCUGAGUUGCCUAAUGAGCACAGUAGGCCUCGCACUCCAGUUAAAAGAUGCUCAGGGGAGAUUCGCCCAAGAAACGUGCCAAAGUGGGAGCAGGUUAUUUCACCGCCGCGGUUAGAAAGCAGCGUGGUAUCGAGAGACCCACCACUGAGGUUGUGCUCAAAACUCAAAGAUGUUCCACUGAGCUACAAAGAAAUAUCACUGCAGCACUCUUAUGUGUUCAAGCGUCCUGAGCAAAAGCCCAGUUUUGCUCACAUGUACCUCAGCAGUAAAGGAGAGUGCAUUCAUCCUACACUUGUGCAGCAACCGGUGGAGAAAAGUCGGCGGUCAAAUUCUUCCCUGUCAAAGCUUCGUGUGCUCUCUGAGCGACUGCGAUCCCCUUCCCCCUGCUCCCCCUUGUCUUCUCCAUCACAUUCCCUCUCAGCCAGCGGCACUACAUCACCAGCUCUCCCUUCUCUCCCCAAAGCACCCAACCUGACACCGUCUCGCUACACACCCGUCUCUUUUUCCGGGUGGUCCUCGCCCAUCGGCUCUCCCACGCCAACGCCCUCUCCCGCCACGCUAUUUCGAGACCUCACGCCGUCCCCUUCCUUCUCUCUGCGCUCCACGCCCUCCCCGAGGCCGGGGAGUGGAAUAUCAGACUGCAGUGACAGGGAGGGUAAAAAAAGAAAGCCUUACAAGAUUAAGUCAAGCUACAAAUCACUUGCUGCAAUCCCUACAAACACCCUUCUCUUGGAUCAGCAGAUAAUAGAUGAACAGGUGCAGAGUGAGAACAUCUUGAAAAGAGGAGAUCAGUCUCAUGGAGACACUCAUGCCGAGAUGUGCUCACCUGCUCAGCUCCGGCAGCAGUCGGAGGAAUUGUAUGCUACCAUUGAUGAAAUAUUGGCAGAUUCCAAUCCACAAAACAAAAGGGCGACCAAGGCGUUGGUGACAGACGGCGGUUUACGGAACAAAUCUGCCAAAUCGUUGGGACGUGAAACCAAAUAUGCGUCUUCAAGCAGCAUGCAUCCAUCUGGAAGUGUUGAAAAAAGACUAAUGGACUCUAAAAAGACAAAGCCUGGGAUUGUUCGACCCAUGAUGACCAUUCCAAGAUUGUCAAAGGAAGAUGGAGGAUAUCGACACUGUCCCUUCAGAGAAACAGAUGUCUAUCGCUGCUUAAAAGGGAACCCUGAUCCAUGCAAGGAGGAAAGCGUGUGCCUUGAAGACACGAGGGGAAAUGGUCACACAAGUAGAAAACAUCAAGUACUGCAAAAGAAAAGGACAUCUGAAACAAGUCCAUUCACCGUGUGUGAAUUGCAAAUCAUUGAGCCCGAAGGCCAGCUCAGUCGUUUUGAGGACGAUGCUUCCGCCUCUCUCCGUUCGGAAGCUUAUGGAACUCACAUUUAAGUUAUGAAACAUUCAUGACGUGAAUUGGAAGAGAAGACAAGAAAAUACUUUCCCCGUUUUCAGCCAGGAAGGCUCAUUCUAACCAAACCUGUGCUGCAUUCAUAAAUGAUUUUUAAAAGAGGGGUUGUGAAAAGCAGUUUCUUUAAAUUCCUUGAUAUUGUGCCAGUGGUAUGUCAGGGCCAAAGGGCAAAGGCAAGGAAUGAGUUGGAAAUCACUUAAUUUCCAUGUGCACAACACAGAAAUAGUGAAAUGUCUUCAAUUGUCCAAGUCCAAUGUGGAGGUUUGUUUAAGUCAUUUACGAAUUGACUUCUUCUACAUCUGUCACCAGUAGUCAAUAGGUAAUUAUUUUCUUGCCUUGCUGCCUGACUAGAGUGUCCCUUCUAACAAAAAGCUUUCAUUUUUGUUGUUAAUGUGGCUCUUGAAAUGAUAAAGACAACUGUCGUUCAGAAAAGCGUGGAAGAACUACUCAGCAGCAGUCCAAUAUGCAAUCCAGUUACAUGGCUUGACUUGACGUGUAUAAAAUCAAAGUGGGCAGCUCGAGCAUUAAAAUCUGUUAUAAUGUAUGCUAAUAUAUUUCCUCCACGCAUAGGCAGCCACUUAAUAAUUGAGUUUGGCAAUUGGGAAAAUUAACAAUCCACUAAUUCAUUUCACAAGUGAUGUCAAUCAGGCAAUCUUUCUAUAUUGUAAACAGCCAAAAUUACCCUGAAAGACAGUAUGGUUUUAAUUAGAAAAGAAAAUUAAACAGUAAAGCUGGAAUUACUUUAAAUGCAAAUUGUGUUGUAGGUGAACUUUUUUUUCAUCUCAAUUUGGCUAACAUAUGAUAACAAUAAAGACUGCCUUUGCAUUGCACUAUAUUGCUAAUGUUUGAUUUUCAGAUCCUACAGCAUGUAAACAAGACUUUAAUGCUGGCUUUAUUAAAAGAAAUCAUAACACAGGUGUAAAACUGGAACUUUAAAAGAAAUUUCUCAGUUGCUGCACAGGAGAAUCAAGUGUAUUAUUUUCUGUUGCUAAUUAAAGCAAAGAAAAUCCAUUGCACAUAACAUGAGACCAAGAACGAUGAAAGUGGCUCCUGCAAUGGACCUUCAACACACAUUCACAUCCACUCUGGACUGUUGUUGCUAGCAUACAAAUAUGCUCUAUGUAUUUUAAUUAACAUUCUAUCAGUCGUUGCACAAUUUUCUUUGGUAUCAAAGGAGACAAUUGUGCUCACUGAGCUCCUGCUCCUCUUUUUCCACUUCUUCCCAACUUGAUCUUGUCAUUAUAUUAUGCAUUGCAUCGAUUGAACCGUUUGAUAAAAUAUUGUUUGAACAUUUCAAUUUUC